ACCCCUUCGAUCGUCACCAGAGGCGCGCGCCCGAGCCGCUCGGAGUGGCACGGAGCCGGGCCGAGGGCCCCAGGGCCGCGACUGCAGGGCGCAGCCGAGACGCCAUGCGACGGCGCUGGGCAAGCGGCGAGCCACAGCGAGCCGGGCCCUAGCGCCUGGCGGGGCCAUGCAGAGCCCUCCAGCCAUGGACUACAUCAACAGCCUGGUGAUGGGCGCACAGCACCGCGACGGGGGCCUGGCGCUGCCCUCGCUGCUGCUCGUGCCCAGCCUGGGCGAGCUGGUGAGCCAGUUCAAGCAAGACGUGCACUACGUGCUGGCGGCCGACGACGUCCGGCGGUCCUCCAGGGAGGAGGACGAGGCGCUUGAGGGCCGCCGCGACGCCAAGACCGACCCGCAGCAGCUUCUGGUCGCUGGCGACGCCGUCAAGGUGUCCGGCCUGGACUUCCUCGGCGCCCAGGAGGACAGCGGGGUGCAGUUCAUCAAGGUGGAGGCGUACGAAGACCACAGCCUCAACCUGGACGGGUUCACCAGCGAGUCGCCAUUGCUGCACGAGAACAGCAAGGACGUGGCCCUGAGCACCAUCAACCAGGACCCGUCGAUGCUGCUGGAAGACCUCACCAAGCACAGCACGGCCUUCGAAGAGGCCGCCGACAUGACCGACCUUUUCGUGACACCGCUGGGCGAGCAGAACGCGUCCAACAGCUUGGUUGCGCAGCCGGACGGCAAGGAGAACAAAAAGCUGAAAGCCAGGCGGCCUGCGUCGCCGCCGGCCAAGGAGGACAAGUGCUGCUCGGCACCAGACGAGCCGGAGCCCGCCCGCGACAAGCCCGAGCCUGCACCGCAGGCCGUGCUUGAAGGCAAGCUGAAGAUCACCGCCAGCAACCAGUUGGCCCACAGUCUCAACCUGGAUGUGCUGCCAGUGGACUCGGUGAUCCUUGGGAACUUUCUUUUGGUGCCUGACGCGAUGUCACCGGUCAAGUUUCAGAUUUUGCACGAAGACGGAACCACCAUCAAGGAAGUGAGCAUCAAUGCCAUCUGCAAGCUGGAAGGUACUAACCCCAUCAACAAAGACAAUUCAGGUGCCGGCGAAAGCCCAGGAUCCCUAAAGAAAACCCCGGAGAGCCCACCGAAAAACUCGAGGCCCUUCCAGUGCGAAAUGUGCAGCGCUACCUUCAAUCGCUUGGGAAACUACACACGCCACCAGAAGAUCCACACGGUGCGCACAAAGUCUUCGCAGGAGGACGAGCGGUUCCACUGCAAGGAGUGCGGAAAGAGCUUCAUUCAACGCUGCGACCUGACUCGACACCUCCACGUGCACACGGGGACGGAACCACAUCGGUGCUCGCUCUGCGGCAAGGGCUACAUCCGACACAGUGACCUGGUCACCCACCAGCGAUUCCACAACAAGGAGAAGCCCUUCGGCUGUCCUCACUGCUCCAAGGGUUUCUCCCAAAGAGGGGACCUCAACCGGCACCUGCGCUCCAUUCACCUGCAAGUGAAGCCUCUCAUGUGCGGCCACUGCCACAAGAAAUUCGCCAAGGAGGCCACCCUGAUCCGGCACAUGCGCACUUCUCACAGGGAAAUGCUGCUGCAGUCCGUUCUCAAGGCGUAGGGCCGUCUUUCAGCCACCACCGGAGCGCCACUGUUGUCAUUAGAAUCCUGUGUGUUCGCGCCCCGCUUCUUUAGCGACGCUUUGGAGCCGCACGUUAUUUUUUUGCGUACAUGCAAGGCACACGAUGUGUACAGUUUCUACGAGCCCGUAGCCAUUGGUUCGAACGCCUGAAUUGCACAGAUCCUACAUAUGGUGCUUGUUUUGUUGCACGCAGCGUUUUGGUUCGAGCGUUCAAAACCGCUUUCAAGCAACACGUUUGUUUUUUGUACAGGCGUGCCGUUGUAGCAACAAGUAAGGCAGUUGGCGUUAGAAUGUGACAACAUAUCGUCUCUAGCUGUUGUGAGCACCCACGGGCUCUGUAGACACCACUUGUUGCUUCCUCCAAGGUGCAGUAUGCACGCUUCCUAAACGAAGUUCGGUGGAUAUUUAAUUUUUUUGCUGUUGACCGUAGCUGUCGACUUAUGCCGCGGCUCCACUCAGAACGUUAUUCCCUGAGCGUUCCUCGUGAGUUGUUGUUUUCUCCACGCGCUGGUGCACGAGCAAACAGAAAGCAUGCACUCCAAAGUUAACCCGCUCCUCGCACGCUUAAUGUGUUAACGCCCCAUAAGUGUGUAACGUCGUCCCAUGCCGAACAUCCCCCAGAAUGAAAGCAACCAAACCAAUAAUUUGGGACAAGGCUGCUCUAACACUCCCUUACAAGUGUUAACUGGGCGACAACAACGAAAAAAAAGUGUCAGCUGGAAGACUAGCCCUUCACAUCACUGGCUGAAUGACGAGUGACCAGCGUAUUUAGUGAAGCGUUGCUACGGCACGAGCGAAAGUAACCAGAUUCGGCAGUGAUAACUGCGAACCACACCCGCAUUCGCGGCCCAACGAACUCGAUCGCCCAGCGAGCUAAGCCCUGGUUUUUGGGACGACGUUACACCUCCGGCAAGGGCUAGUAGCUUUUUAAGUGCGUGGAGUGAGCAACCCGGUGACUGUUGUGCGGCUGGAAUGGACGCGCCCAAAUAAACAACGUAGCAGCGCAGCGCGCGCGCGACGCUGCCGGCCGCCGCGCUCUGUUGACGUCGGAACAGGGCGGCGCCGCCUGUGUUCUCCCGGCGAUGACGCACGGCUAGCGAGCGCGCGCGCGGUCGCUUUGCCAGCAGCAAGUAAGCAAGCAAGCCACGCACGAGGGGCUGCCGCGCUCCCCUCGCUCUCUUGUGAUCAAGUCAGGGCUGGAAACUCCUGAUUAACCAUGUCUUCCAUUUCGCAGAGGUAUCCGCAUGCCUUCUCGGUGUCUGUAAACUUUUUGGGUAACUUUAGAUGUCAUACAUUGAGAGUACACGUAUUUUUGCUGUUUCGGGGAGGGCAGGGCGGUCCGCUUCUCAGACCCGUCGCUGUUCCUGUCCAUCUCUCCGAGUCUGUGUACCGAAACCACGACCGUGUGUGUCGGGCAGUGCGCGUUCGUUCCGACGGAACAUCCAGGGCUUCCGCUGUAGAGUCUUAUCUAUAUGUGUGUGCGCGUCCACUUUGUUAGACGCAUGAGCUUUUUAUUUUUAUUUUUUUUUUCACGCGGCCGAUGCAACGCGCCGGGCGCACUGAUGAGCCGCCGAAAGAAAAGAAGAAAAGUAGGGCGGUAUAGACGAUGCCCUCCCAGCGUGCUUCGCCUCCGAGCUUCGGGGCCUAGGCGCAGCGAGGAGAAGCCGACCCGAAGCGGUUCACCAGCGCCGCCCGUGCGCGUUGACUUGCGGCGCGCAUAACUGUGUCUUUCGUUUCACGCCUGUGUAUGUCGUCGCGUGAACAGUCACAUUCACUCGAGCAUUAAAUUCCGGCGUGAGAUCGCACCAGUUCGCUCGCACGAUGCAAUUAUGCACCCAAGACGGCGGUCACCUUGCGGGUCCUCUUUUGGUCACCGUUUCUUUCGUUUUCUUUUCGCGCGCGGCUAGUUGUUGAGCAUUAAAGGUUAGUGCCGAAAGAGCAGCGGGUUCACGCACGCCGACGAAGUUCGGCGUGUAACACUAGUCGAAUACUCGUGACCUCCUGAAAAAAAAAAAACAACUAUAUAGUAAAUAACGCCAAAGAACAACUGCAUUCGUUGGUUGAGACGUCGUGCUACGAAGUUGAGCUAAGUGCAACGCGGUUCCUGAUGUACACUGGCUAAAGCAACGAAAGAUCUGACAAUUUCCCCCACCCGUUUUGUUUCGCAAAGAAAAAAAAAAAAAAACACGAGCAAGGCGAUGGAGAACCAUGAGUUUGCGGAUUGGCUACAAAAGGCGACGGCGCUCAAUUGGCUCGACCGGCAUCGACAAGCUGAUCCCCUGCCCCACUUCGUGGGGGCAAGGCGGUUCGCUGUGGGCAAUAAUUGUUUCUCGCUGUGCCAUAUCGUUGUAUCAGAGUAGACAAGAAACGUGUAACCUCGAAAACCCUUUGUUCCUUCUGUGAUCUCCCUCUUUUUACGACUCUAUUUUAAUAUAUAUUCACUAUAGUAUUUUUACAAACUGUAUUUCUGACGAUAAUUUAAUUGCUGUUGGUACAAAGAAAAAGAUCUGGUAUGUGAAUCAUAUAGCAUCCAAUAAAGCAGAUACAGUGCGCGCUAGAACGAAAAAAAAAAAGAAAC